UAUGCAAAAGUUGCGUCCGAAGGAAUUUCCACAAUCUGGCCACCUCUCCGCUCAGGGCACGCAGCGUGUUAGCAAUCCUAAAAUGCAUUCCCUCGCAGGCCCAAACCUGCAAUAAUGAGCAGAGUGAGAGGCAGAGGGAGAGACAAUGGGGAACAAGAUCGCGCGAACGACGCAGGCGUCGGCCUCCGAGUACUACCUCCACGACCUCCCUUCCUCCUACAAUUUAGUGCUCAAGGAGGUGCUAGGGCGAGGCCGCUUUUUCAAAUCCAUUCAGUGCAAGCACGAUGAGGGAUUGGUCCUCGUCAAGGUCUAUUUCAAGCGUGGCGACUCUAUCGAUCUCAGGGAAUACGAGCGUCGCCUCUUCCAAAUCCAGGGGAUCUUCCGCGCCCUUGACCACCCCCAUGUCUGGCCUUUUCAGUUUUGGAUUGAAACUGAUAAAGCAGCUUAUCUUUUGAGGCAAUACUUCUUCAAUAAUCUUCAUGAUCGGUUGAGUACUCGACCUUUUCUCAGUCUCAUUGAGAAGAAAUGGUUGGCUUUUCAGUUACUCUGUGCAGUGAAACAGAGUCAUGAGAAUGGGGUUUGUCAUGGUGAUAUUAAGUGUGAGAAUGUGCUGGUUACGUCAUGGAAUUGGCUUUACCUUGCUGACUUUGCCUCAUUUAAACCCACUUACAUACCUGAUGAUGACCCAUCGGAUUUCUCAUUUUUCUUUGAUACUGGAGGAAGAAGGCUUUGUUAUCUCGCACCUGAGCGAUUUUAUGAGCCUGGAGGUGAGAUGCAAGUAGCUCAAGGUGCACCUUUAAGGCCUUCUAUGGACAUAUUUGCUGUAGGGUGUGUGGUUGCAGAACUUUUCCUUGAGGGUCAGCCAUUGUUUGAACUAUCCCAGCUACUGGCUUAUCGCAGAGGGCAGUAUGAUCCUAGCCAACAUCUGGAGAAGAUCCCAGAUUCUGGAAUUCGCAAGAUGAUUCUUCAUAUGAUUCAGCUGGACCCAGAGUCACGUUUUUCUGCUGAAAGCUAUCUACAGAACUAUGCAUCCAUUUUGUUCCCAAGCUACUUCUCACCAUUUCUACACAAUUUUUAUUCCUGCUUGAAUCCUCUUGAUUCAGAUACGAGGGUUGCAGUCUGCCAGAGUCUUUUCCAUGAGAUACACAAGCAAAUGAUGAGCAAUGCAUCAGCUGAGGUCACAAGUGCUGAGCUGAGCACACCUUUAAAUGCCACAGGCUGCAAACCAUCAAAACAGGUGGUUGCAAAACAAAAAUUGAACUUGACAAAGAACUCCUCGAGAAAACAAGAGAAUGAGAAAGGCUUAAUUCAUAACCAGUUUGAACUCCUUGGUGAUAUCAAUAGCCUACUCAAAGAUGUAAAACAAAGUAAUAAUUAUUCUGGUGUGAAGUCAGUAGUGGAGGAUGCACCUAAUUCUUCACACCAAAACUCUGGCAAAGAUUCUCCUGGCAGGCUAGUUGAAACCAUCUCCAAUGUAUUCAAGAAAAAUGAUUAUCCCCUUCUCAAGAAGAUUACAAUGGAUGAUUUGAAUACAUUGAUGUCUGAGUAUGAUAGCCAGUCAGAUACUUUUGGCAUGCCUUUCUUACCACUACCUCAGGAUUGUAUGAGCUGUGAAGGUAUGGUUCUUAUUGCCUCACUGCUCUGUUCCUGUAUACGCAACGUCAAGUUGCCUCAUUUGAGGAGGGGUGCGAUACUUCUACUUAAAUCUUGUUCCCUAUAUAUUGAUGAUGAAGAUCGCUUGCAGCGUGUGCUUCCUUAUGUUAUUGCAAUGCUUUCUGAUCCAGUAGCAAUUGUGCGCUGUGCUGCCCUGGAGACUCUUUGUGACAUUCUCCCUCUAGUUCGAGAUUUUCCUCCUAGUGAUGCUAAAAUUUUUCCUGAAUACAUUCUUCCUAUGCUUUCCAUGCUUCCUGAUGAUCCAGAGGAAAGUGUGAGGAUAUGUUAUGCUAGAAGUAUAUCUAGGCUGGCAUUAACUGCUUAUGGAUUCUUGAUCCACUCAUUAAGCUUGAGCGAGGCAGGGGUGCUUGACGAAUUGAAUUCACAGCAGAAAUCAUUGGCACCAUCCACUGAGACUUCUGGAAGGCUGCAGAAGACACAGCUUGCACAGUUGAGGAAGUCCAUAGCCGAGGUUGUUCAAGAACUUGUAAUGGGCCCAAAGCAAACGCCAAAUAUCAGGAGAGCCCUCCUGCAGGACAUUGGCAACUUAUGCUGCUUCUUUGGCCAGAGACAAAGUAAUGACUUUCUGUUACCCAUCCUUCCUGCUUUUCUAAAUGACAGAGAUGAGCAGCUAAGGGCAGUUUUCUAUGGCCAGAUUGUGUAUGUUUGCUUCUUUGUGGGCCAAAGAAGUGUAGAGGAAUACCUUUUACCUUAUAUUGAGCAGGCUCUAAGUGAUGCAACGGAAGCUGUCAUUGUCAAUGCAUUGGAUUGCUUGGCUGUUCUGUGCAAAAGUGGUUUCUUGCGGAAGAGGAUACUACUGGAGAUGAUAGCGCAUGCCUUUCCAUUGUUAUGUUAUCCUAGUCAAUGGGUAAGAAGGUCAGCUGUCACCUUCAUUGCUGCUAGUAGUGAAAACUUAGGUGCUGUGGAUUCAUAUGUUUUCCUUGCUCCAGUGAUACGCCCUUUCCUCCGCAGGCAACCAGCAUCUCUGGCUUCAGAGAAGGCUCUUCUUUCAUGUCUUAAGCCCCCUGUCUCAAGACAGGUAUUUUAUGAAGUUUUAGAGAAUGCCAGGAGCUCAGAUAUGUUGGAGAGACAGAGAAAGAUAUGGUACAAUUCAUCGGUACAACCUAAACAAUGGGAAACUGUUGAUUUACACAGGAGAGGGGCAGAGGAAUUAAAUUUAAUGAAAAGCUUGCCUGAUGGACAACGAGCUCUCGAGGCUCAAAACCCUGUUGGCAAUGCAGCACAACAGCUGGAGCUGACUCAAUCCAACAAUAGUGAGGCUAGGUGGAGAGCAGUGGGAAGUUUUAUGCGCAAUGAUUCUAGCACUGUUGACAUCUCUGAUCCUCUGUGCUCAGAUAAGCUACAAUUCUCCGGUUUUAUGACUCCACAGAUUGGGGGUGUGAACAGCUUCAUUUGUGAUAAAUCAUCUGAAGGCAUACCUUUAUACUCCUUUAGCAUGGACAAACGGGCAGCUGGGGUUCCUCCGGCAGCAUCCGAUUCAUCAUUACAGUUGAACUCCCUAGGAACUGGUUCACCAUCCUUGACUUGGAUGGACCCAGUAAGUAAAUCAUUUAACUUGGCUAAUUCAUUUCCUGCACCAAAGCUUGUUUCAGGGUCAUUCAGCUUCAGUAAUGGUUCUAAACAGUUCUACAGAGUGGUACAUGAACCGGAAAGCAGGGAAAAUGACCAAACAGCCUAUGUCAACAGCAAGUUUCAAGAUAUGGGAAUAUCUGGAACAUCGAAAGGAAGUUCUAUUACGGUUGAGGAUUCUUCCUCUUCAACUGAUAUAACAGGAUUGCCAUCUUUUGCACGAACAUCAUCGAUUCCAGAUAUGGGGUGGAGGCCACGCGGGGUUUUGGUUGCCCACCUACAGGAGCAUCGUUCUGCUGUCAAUGACAUUGCCAUUUCAACUGACCACAGUUUUUUUGUGAGUGCAUCUGAUGACUCCACUGUCAAGGUGUGGGAUUCAAGAAAAUUGGAAAAGGACAUCUCAUUUAGGUCAAGGCUAACUUAUCCUCUAGAGGGAAGCCGAGCACUGUGUACUGCAAUGCUCCGGAAUUCUGCUCAAGUCAUUGUUGGAGCAUGUGAUGGCAUCAUACAUAUGUUCUCUGUUGAUUACAUUUCCAGAGGACUUGGAAAUGUUGUUGAGAAAUAUUCAGGUAUUGCUGAUAUUAAAAAGAAGGACGUUGGGGAGGGGGCCAUCCUCAGCCUUUUGAACUACUGUGCUGAUGGCUCUCCUAGUCAAAUGGUUAUGUACAGCACCCAAAAUUGUGGUAUCCAUUUGUGGGAUACAAGGACAAAUUCAAAUGCGUGGACAUUGAAAGCAAUUCCUGAGGAAGGUUAUGUGUCUUCUCUGGUAACUGGUCCAUGUGGGAAUUGGUUUGUAUCAGGGUCUUCAAGGGGUGUGCUUACACUUUGGGAUCUGAGGUUCCUGGUACCUGUUAACUCCUGGCAGUAUUCUCUUGUAUGCCCCAUAGAGGAAAUAUGCCUUUUUGUUCCUCCUCCAAAUGCUUCUGUAUCUACUAUGGCAAGACCUCUAAUUUAUGUCGCUGCGGGUUGCAAUGAAGUAUCUCUUUGGAAUGCUGAGAACGGUAGCUGCCACCAGGUACUAAGGGUAGCAAAUAAUGAAAGUGAUGCUGAAAUGUCUGACCUACCUUGGGCCUUGGCCAGACCAUCCAGUAAGUCAAAUUCUAAACCAGAUAUAAGACGGAAUGUCAAUCCUAAGUACAGAGUUGAUGAGCUGAAUGAACCUGCUUCCCGUCUUCCUGGCAUCCGAUCUUUGCUUCCAUUACCUGGGGGUGAUUUGUUAACUGGGGGUACUGACUUGAAGAUACGUCGAUGGGACCAUUACAGCCCUGACCGAAGUUACUGUAUUUGUGGACCAACCAUAAAGGGAGUUGGAAAUGAUGAUUUCUUUGAAACGAAAUCUAGUUUUGGGGUGCAAGUGGUGCAGGAGACAAAGAGACGUCCUCUUGCAACUAAGUUGACAUCAAAGGCAGUUCUUGCAGCUGCGGCCACUGAUUCUGCUGGUUGUCACCGUGACUCUGUCCUCUCAUUGGCAUCUGUCAAGUUGAAUCAGAGACUCUUGAUAUCAAGCAGUAGAGAUGGGGCUAUCAAGGUUUGGAAGUAGAGGUCCUAAGCAUUCCAGUAAUUUAUUGUACAUAUUUAGGUCCAGUGCUAGUUGAAAUUGUAUAUUAUAUACUAAGAAUAGAAGGUCAAAUUACCAUUCUGACAUGAACUCUAUUUCCUUACAAGUUGCAUCUGUUUUAGUUAUACCCCUGCUGAUUUGUAAAGCAUGUAGGCAUGUAGGAAUGGAUAGGAAUUCAAAUUGAAUGCCGACUUACUAUAGGUUUCAUUUCCGUAUGAUAUUCCCUGUUACUACACUUCUCUUAAAAAUGAGAUAUCUAAGCAUUUGUGCAA